GGAUGACAGGUCACACUCCUCUUCUGCUGCCAUCCCUUGUGGGAGGGACUAAAUCCACUCUGACGUAAAGAUAGGAAGCAAGUGAGGGGAGACCAUGGGGGAGACCAGUAAGCAUGAUACAAUGCACCCACAGUUGAGGAUAUGCUGGAUUAACACGUACUGGGACCAGGUGCAGGUAAAAAUGUCAUUGAACAGAAAGUAAUGAGACCCUGCAUCAAGCUGAGCGGAGGUGAACUCUGUCAUGUGAAUCCGCUGGGGCUGACUGGAGGUCACAUGCAGGACAGAUUCUUGUUUGGACUUUUAUAGAAGUGAAUGGGAGACUGAGUGGAUAUUUGUACGUAUGUGUAUACAAAAUGCAGUGUGGCCUUAUCUUUGCCACCACUACCAAACAGCUCUGUAGUGGUGGGGCUGUGUCGGCCGCAAGCUGACGGAGAUAAACAAACUUACAGGAACAAGGAAGUCCCGCUUUAAAGUUUAUUAAACAUGGAGACGCCUUACGCCGGUUUCUGCUUAACACCACUGUAAACACAAUCACGGGCUAAGAAAGAGGUGAAAAAACUGAAGCCAACAACAAGAGAGGAUUAGAAAAAAAUCUUUUUAACAGCAUGAUAAAAAUCAAUUCAAAAUCAAUGUGGCACCUUGGCACCAACGAAUUUACAACUUCUACACUAAGAAAGCUGCUAUUCACAAAAGGAGGAAGCAUAGAAGAAACUUUUCACUACCUAUGUGUAUCCGUCUGGCCUUCUGUGUACAGAUAUCCUUUAUUUCCCGUCUUUUUCAAUGCUGCCACCAGAAGAUAUAAUGAAGAGACAAUCGAAUAUUGUAAAGAUGAGUCUGCCACAGACGGGUUUCCGUUAGAGGCCUCCCAGGCGUUUGGUCGUCAUUUACGUUUGGCAGCUGAUGAAUUAUGGCAUGGAAAGAUAAAGUAUGUUCGCCAGCCAUCUUACACUUCAAACUUGGUAAUGCACUUUAAGGCCAUCAUUCCUUCUGCUGCUGGCUUUUUACUCAAUACCUUUUGUACAAAUGGUUGGAUUUACUUUUAUGCCCUGAACAAAAAAAACUUUAGGCUUUAUGUUAGGUCUGAGCAAAGCUCAGUCACAAACACCCUGCCAGCCCAUUCUCACCUCCUACAAUCCCCAGAAUGCUUUCAGAGAAGAAGAGACUCUAGCUGCCUGCCUCGUUCUCACAGCCUGCCUUCACUGAGUCAGAUAACGUCUGCAAAGAACAAGAGCUUAACACGAGCUGAAAGCUUACCUGACAUGCUGUUAACAAACAGCUUUGAGGAGUUUACACCUGAAAUGACUGCUGAUGAAAACGAUGAAACCUACAGGUUCCAGUGCUCCUGCCCAGGCCUGUACCAGUGCAGUGUGACAGGCCUGGUGUUUCACAUGGAGGGAGAAGGGGACGUGGUUUACAGGAUUGUCCCUUGGAACAGGAGGCUACUGGCCCAGCAUCACAAGAAGCCUGCAGGACCCCUGUUUGACAUCAACUGUCUGCAGCAGUCUGUGUGUCAGCUUCAUCUCCCACACUGUGAGAUCCGCUCCACAGGUGGAUGUGAUUUCUUGUCAGUUGCUCAUGUGAACGAUGAGGGCAUUGAGUUUAUCAGCCCUCACAAGAUAACAGAAACUCAUGUUAUUAUAAACAUCACAGGGUUUUCUGCUUUCGGUAACGUCAUGGAUGAAGACUCACCACCUGACCCGGUCCGAGCGCUGGUUCUGCUGUUCUACAGGCCCCCAGUUGAUUCUGAUCCUGAGUCCCUCCUCAAUGUGUUGUUGCUACCAAAGAACGUUUCACUCCGGGAUGUGCUGCGCACCAGGAAGAAGUUAGUUGGAGAUGAGAGCUACAUAGAGACAUCCCCACACUGUAAACUGCGUCCAAAGCAGGAAUACACUCUGUCCACUUGUCCUGAAGACGACUCAGUUCUAGUUCAACCAACAGAAGCAGAGUUUGACUGCGACAACUAUGACAACUACUUCCCAUCAUUCCAGGUGAGCCUAGAAAAGAUCAUGAAACACAUUAAGCUGUUUUUGAGAAACGCCAACAGCUCCCACAGUGUCUGGGAAAGACGAGUUUGUCUUUCAUCCCCUGGAGUAAGAAGGUCCUGUGGGCAGAGCGCUCUGAAUCUCCCUCCUAAUGAGAGGCUGUUUGCCAUACGGAGCAGCUUCAUUGAUGGGAUAUCAGGAUCUGUUCUCAAAAGUCUGCUGGACAAACUGCUGGAGAAAAAGGUGAUAAUUGACUCUGAGAGGGAGUCAGCGGACGUGAUGCAAAACAACAGAGAUAAAGCUCGUUUUGUUAUCGACACAGUGAGGAAGAAAGGUGAAGCUGCCAGCUCAGAGAUGAUUGAGUUCCUCUGUGAGGCUGACCCCUUCCUCUGUGAACAUCUUGGGCUGAUCUGA